AUGUCGACUGAGUCUGUCCUUCCAGCCGGUGCCAUCACCCUCCGUGACAAUGAAACGAGCGACUACGACGAUCGCAAUAGCGCUUGCUGGGCCAAGAGUGUUGAGAUCGUCAACUAUACCAUUGUCAACGGUAGUGCGACAAACAUCGGGGCGUUUGUGGUCUGGAAUAUACGUGUCGAAACUCUCAAUGGAAGCUAUAUGAACAUUAGAAAACGUUAUUCGGAGUUUGACGACUUUCGAUAUCGGUUGGUUCAGACCUUCCCCGGAUUCGAGGCAGCUGUUCCGGCGCUUCCGCCUAAGAGUGUCAUAUCCAAAUUCCGACCUCGAUUCCUGGAGAAGAGACGGGCUGGUCUGCAAUACUUCCUAAAUUGCAUAUUACUAAAUCCCGAGUUUUCUGGGUCGCCUGUACUCAAAGAGUUCCUCUUUGCAUAG